AUGCUUUAUCAAGAAGUUUAUCGUCUUUGGCAAAUAAAUCAAAAAACAAAUCGAUCAAUACGAAGUCUUGUUGCACAAAGUACAUAUAAGAAUAAACCACAGUUAUUGGCAUUAAUUUCAAAAGUUAUUCAACAUCGUGCGUUAUUACAAACAAUUAUUGAUCGAUCUCAAUUAUUAGAAAGAGAAAACUUUCUAUCAAAUGAAUUAGCAUUAAUUCUUGUCUAUGAUCAAGUUUUUGGAACACAUGUUAGAGGCAAAUUUAAGGGUAUGUUAAAACGUAAUCAAUCAUCUAUUGAUCAAUGUAUCGAAACUCUUUUGAAUGAACACAAACUUUCUUCAAUAUCUGAAUUACUUGAUACAUCACCAACAAAUAAAAAUCCUUCAAUUGAAAUUCCUCGUUAUGUUCGAAUAAAUCUAUUAAAAACAAAAGCCAAACAACUUCGAUUAAAUCUCAAAGAAUUAUCAUUUAAAAAGAUAAAAAAUGUGUGA